ACGUUCGGCACCGCGCAUAGCGUCCGGCUGCCCCUGUGUAGCAGAUCACGUUCGUCGCUUGAUCCUGCGUUGAAGUCGUUUGUUCGUUCAGCUCGGUACGGCUUUCCAUCGAAGCAAACUGUGCAAGAAAGUGUGGUGAACGCUGGGGAAGCUUAGUGAGGCGGAGCUUUUUGUUGGUGAUUGAUGAGUUUCAACGAUAAGGAUCAUUAGAACCACACCCGAUACACAGCCGAAAGGCUACUCUGCAUGGCAGGAUGAAGGUUUCACUGUACAUAAUAUUAAUCUCGAUCUUGCUCAGCAAGUAUUACGCGUUAUCGCACAUAAUCAGGAAACGGCAACUCUUUCGCGAGCAAGUGCUGCCGCAUGCCGGAGGCAAAAUACCGGACUCGGCCUUUUUAACCGACCGUUUGGCGCUGAACCGGCUGCAGAAGGAUGGCAUUGCCGUGCCGGACGGUGUGCUGCUCGAGCAGCGCCAGUACCAGGUGUACCCGCACCAGCACCGUACCGUACGGCCAACGUUCCGCGUCGUGCAGACGCCGGACAAUCGGUACAUCUCGCCGGAGGGCGAGUACGACCACAAUGCGCUGGCGACGGUCGAUACGACGUACUUGAUACCGCACGCCGGUGACAAAUUGCUGCUGCAUGAUCAUCCCCAUCAUCGGCCGCCCCAUUACGCCAUCCCGAAGGCACCGAUCCUGAAGGAACUUCGGCUGCCGAACUAUGCCGUGUUUAAUUUCGACUACAAAAAGAAGAAACCGCACGCGGGAGGAGCAGUGGUCCAGCUGGGGAAGGUCCCGCUGGGCUCGUACGAACACUACAGUCGCCCACCGAAGCCAUUGGACGGUGGAUGGGCCCAGAGAUUACCUCAAGAUUUUGUGAGCUACCAUGCAGCUGUCGGUAAUGGUCACAAUUAUCCAUCAACCCAUCACGUACCUUCGUCGUCGUCGUCGUCGUCGUUGCCGUACGGAAGCGGCAUUGGCGGCAGCUGGAACAGUGGCUGGGCCCCGUCCACGGGCAGUUCAUCGGGCGAGUCUCUUUCGCCGCAACCGCUUGGCAGUUUCGAGGACUAUUAUAGUCAGUUGAGCGAUAAGCACCGCUUCUACCGAAACGUGGGCGAGCGAACGCCGGCAGCGGUACCAAAGCCCGCCAGCGUACUGUGCCGAGAUCGCCAGCGUGGCCAUCCGCAAUGCCAUCAAGCUUAAAAUUGACUUCCUGUGACGGGCCGGAAGUGUAUCGCGGGCGAAAGUUGAUACCAUUCAGUCACCCAUUUCACCGUACAUUAGGCAUAAGGAUGUCGGGCGCGCGAUAGGCCAUCUAAAGGACCUUUCGCGGGCGCGCGAACCUGUACCUGCUAUGGCUGAUGGUGAGAUUAAUAGGGUGAUUGACGGGAUCAAACGCCAAAACGUGGACGCGUCGACUCUGGCGGUGUUGGAACUGCUCGCAGGGAACAAUGCUGGGCAAUAAGAGAUCACACACACACACACACAGAGA